UGGAGGUGAACUUUGUAGCUAUGAGCUAACACUCGCAGCAGCACUGCAAGCAGCGAUAACAUCAGUCAGGCUCUGCUGUAGGACAUUUAUAACUGCGGACAAAACUGUCUUUUUACUAAAACGGCUUUUAAGGCUCGACCCGCGUCAGGUCAUUAACAGGUUUCGUUUUAUUGAGGAAGAGAGCCAUACUUAAGUUAAACAAGUUACUAGAGUGAGCUGCUAGCUUUGACGUUAGCUAGCUGACGAGCUUUGCCAGAAAGUUGUGUUUUAGGCAAUUCUAAGAUUGACUAAAACAAGACUAUUCAGAAACGUAUGCAGAUAGCAAGAGUAAAAACUAAACAUGGGGUUCCUGGUGCUGCCAGGUGUGACGAUCACCUCCAUCAUCCCUUAACACACUUCAAAGUCAGUAUCGUCGGCUGAAAUUAACUAGCUCCAAAACGGCAGCACCAAGGGAGAAAGUGGAGCCAGCUUCCAGGUCAAAGAUGGAGUUAGCAGCGGCCCACCCAGCUCUCAAAGCCUUUAUGUGUGGCUCUCUCAGCGGCACCUGCUCUACCCUACUCUUCCAGCCUUUGGAUCUGAUCAAAACACGACUGCAGACCCUGCAGAAAACUGCCAAGCCGGGGGCACCAAGGGUGGGGAUGUUCAACGUUUUCAUCAACGUUAUUAGGACAGAGACAUUCUUCAGUCUGUGGAAAGGAGUUUCACCAUCAUUUGUGCGCUGCAUCCCCGGCGUGGGCAUCUACUUCAGCACCUUCUACUCCCUGAAGCAGCACUACUUCCUGGAGCGCUCGCCCAACGCUGGAGAGGCAGUUCUGCUGGGAGCGGGGGCCAGAACCGUGGCUGGCGUCAGCAUGCUGCCCUUCACUGUCAUCAAGACGCGCUUUGAGAGUGGUUGUUACAACUAUGUGAGCGUGACAGGGGCUCUGAAGAGUGUGUAUGAGACGGAGGGAGUCAGGGCUCUGUUCUCAGGCCUGACUGCCACGCUGCUCCGAGACGCUCCCUUCUCCGGCAUCUACGUCAUGUUCUACAGCCAGGCCAAGAAGGCGCUGCCUGAAGAGGUGAGUUCGUCGGCCUAUGCCCCGCUUGUGAACUUCAGCUGUGGGAUGGCGGCGGGCGUCAUGGCGUCGCUGGCCACACAGCCGGCAGACGUGGUGAAGACACACAUUCAAGUCAGCACGUCCCACUGGAGCACCACUAAUGCUAUCUGCUACAUCUACAGGGAGCACGGCAUGGCCGGGUUUUUCCGCGGGGCCGUCCCGAGGUCUCUGCGACGCACACUGAUGGCCGCUAUGGCUUGGACUGUCUACGAACAGCUAAUGGCUCGGAUGGGCCUCAAAUCCUGAAGAGCAUCAGUGUCAAACAACACUGGAUGGAAUAAUGAGUGGAUAUGGAUUCACAUUAUGUUCUCACUGAAGGCCCCAUGACAGAAGAAACAAGGAGCUCGUAGAGACGAUGAGUCGGCACUCCCAAGAUCUUUCAGAAUAGGAACCAGGUGGAUAAAUGAGAGAGAGAGAGAGAAUGCUGUGACUGAGUUGUUGUUGAUAUUUUAAAUGUUUGUGAAAAUGUGCCUGUUUGUGUCUGUAAGUAUGAAAUUGUGAUGUAACACCUGACAUGUCCACCUAGGGCUGAACGUGACACUCCCUGCUGUGAAGUGAAAUUAUUCCUCAUCUCAAUAUUUAUGUUUUUUCUGGCUGCGGCUUAGAAAAGAUUGCCCUUGACAUUGAGGGGGUGUGAUUGCUAGUGACUCGCCAGACUGCACCACACAUCUGCUGAGCCAACCAAAAGCAAAUCACUGCAGUGAGAGGGCUCCGGCCUCUACCAUAUUUUAGGAACUUGCAUGAGAUUGACCAACCUUUCUUACUCGCCAAUUGUCAAGCAGGCUCAGACAAUCAUAGGUACUCACCCUGCUGCAUUGUGGGAAGAAAAUCACAAUAAAGCCUUUAUUGCAAUGCUGCUUUAAACUGUGCCAACUUAAAGUUUAAACACACCUGUGAUGCAUUGAGGGACUCAGCAUAGUCAAACCAGAUGUGCUUUUUUUUUUUAAAGGCUUAGGAGAUGUAGCAGAACAAAUAUUCAGACCCGUGGCAGCAUUUCAGUCGGUUCAUGAUUUUUGUAAUUAAAAUGCUUAAUUAUUUUUUGGGGGAGGCAUAAAAACACCAAUGUUUACUUGUAUUUUAAGUAAACACUUGAAUAAUUUGACCUCUUUUUAUAUACAUUAAGUACAUGUUUUAAUUCCUGAUUCACCUAAUUUAUCAUAUUUGCAGAACAUUUUACUUACAAGUAAAGCAUUGCUUACUCACUGUGUUUCUAAAGGUGGUACAGAAUAUAUCAUAUCAGUGCUGGAGUGAACCUUUACCACCAUCUUCCUGGCUUUGUACAUAUUUGACUAAACACGGUAUUACAAAUGAAAAGUCCUAUUUUUGUGUUCAUUGUACAGUCUGCCUUUCACUAUAAACAUUAUUUAUUGUAAUUGAUAUAAAAAGAGGUGAUAUAUUGAAAAUGAUGAUUAUGGUGUUGAUAGAAAUAACGCCUAAUGGAAAAUCUCACAAGAAGAGGGAAAGACUUAACUUUAUUUUGGAAAAUGGAUCAUUACAAAACACACUGAAGCUUGUAUUGAUAAGAUGACAGAAAGGCUUCUAACGUCUGGGUGAUCUGUGAUGAAAGGAGCAUGCAAGGUUGUGAAGCAAAAAUAACGACAGUAGUUUUCGGUGUUUACUGUGUAACACAAACAGUGUUUCUAAAUGUGAUGUGAUUCAUACCUCGUGCAUAAACUUCAUCAUCUCUCCGUUGAUCCUCUGUUGUGACUAUAUUGUUUAUGGUCAUUGUUAUUGUAGACAUGUUGUCUGUGCAUGUGUUUGCUCAGACAGACGCUGUGCCUGCCUGGUUUUUAAAUGUCAAUAAAUUGCUCUCUUUUAAAAAGAAAA